UCCCAAUUCUUUAAUGAAUAAGCUUAAUGCCCAGCAACUUUAAAAACAGCAACUCACGUUGGCCAAAGGUUAAAAACAGUAUAGAACGGAAACGGUGCUAUCUGACAAAGUGGAAAGACUAGGUCUGUUUUUCUUUCUUUGGCAUGACUUCUCUUGCAAUUAGUGGAUUUGAGAGUGGUAAUUUGGAAGUGAAGUGGUAUUUGAUACCAAUGUACACACCUAGGAAAGACCAAUGAUGGGUGAAGUCCUUACUGUAUAAUGUUCCAUGGGCUUUCAAGUUAGUUGUUUCUAUUUAAAUAGAAGGACAGAGAUAAAGAACCAGGUUACCCCCAAACAAUCCCAUAAAAGAGGCAAAAAAAAAUAUUUAAGAAGGAAAAAGAGGGAAGGGAAGCUUCCUGGGCAUGACACCAUUUGCAAGGUCACAGCGAACACCCCAACGAAGGGCAGAUCUUUUCUUCUCAGUUGGCACCAAGUAAUUGUUUGGAACAUAUAUGUGCUGAGGCUUGGACUGGGGUUCUGGUCGAGAAAGCAUCUGCUCUCGGACACCCCAGCGUAAUUCCUUUCUGUGAUCUUCACCAGGUAACCUCAUUGAGUCCCAGUCUCGUUUGUACUCAAAAUAUCGGGCUACCCGGUCUACCUUGCCUCGAUUUCUGCUCAGCUGGUCCAGCCUUGGGAGAAUAAAGGACUUGGGUCGGCUGGCAACAAUCAGGUCUUGUUCAUAAGCCGGAGGGCCCAUUCCUUCUCUUCGUAGAUAGCAAAUGAGUUGAUCUUGAGAAAUUCCUUGGUAUUCAUGUGGUAAGUUAAAUUUUCGUGAAAUGUCAUCUGGGGAUUCCCUGUCUUCGUGGAAUUGUAGACUCAUGAGCCUUUGUCUUAAGUCCCAGAGAUCCAUAUCACUCUCUGUACCAGACUCUGAUUCACUGAUAAUCGACUCAUCGGUCACUAAUACUUCCCCACCUGGCUUCUUGCGCAACACCUUUCUCUUCAUCACUGGCUUUCGGAGUCUUUGGGACACCUCGGAGACUGUUUCUGAAGCGGCAUUACUUUCUACAUGUCGAGUGGACCUAUAUGAUUCCUUUAUUCCUGGGGUUGGUUGUCUUAUUAUGGCUGAAAAUGACAUAGAUAGAAUCCAGACUGAGAAACUCCUAAAAAGAGUACAAGAACUGGAGCAGGAGGUACAAAGACUUAAAAAAGAACAGGCCAACAACAAAGACUCACAUGUUAGAGAAAAUUCUUUAGGAGCUGGAAAAGCUAAGCGUGCAUUUGAUUUCAGUGCUCAUGGUCGAAGACAUGUAGCCCUAAAGAUAGCCUAUCUGGGCUGGGGAUACCAGGGCUUUGCCAGUCAGGAAAACACAAACAAUACAAUUGAAGAGAAACUGUUUGAGGCUCUAACCAAGACUCGACUAGUAGAAAGCAGACAGACAUCCAACUAUCACCGGUGUGGGCGAACAGACAAAGGAGUCAGUGCCUUUGGACAGGUGAUUUCUCUCGACCUUCGUUCUCACUUUCUGAAGGGCAGGACUUCAGAGGAUUUUAAUGUAAAAGAUGAAAUCAACGAUGCUGCUAAAGAGAUUCGUUACACCCACAUUCUCAAUCGGGUACUCCCUCCAGACAUCCGUGUACUGGCCUGGGCCCCUGUGGAACCUAGCUUCAGUGCUAGAUUCAGCUGUCUGGAGCGGACUUACCGCUAUUUUUUCCCUCGUGCUGAUUUAGACAUUGUAACCAUGAACUAUGCAGCUCAGAAGUAUGUUGGCACACAUGAUUUUAGGAACUUAUGUAAAAUGGAUGUAGCCAAUGGAGUCAUUAAUUUUCAGAGGACUAUUCUGUCUGCUCAAGUACAGCUAGUGGGCCAGAGCCUGGAUAAUGAGAGAUGGCAAGAACCUUUCCAGUUAUGUCAGUUUGAAGUGACUGGCCAGGCAUUCCUUUAUCAUCAAGUCCGCUGUAUGAUGGCUAUCCUUUUUCUGAUUGGCCAAGGAAUGGAGAAGCCAGAGAUUAUUGAUGAGCUGCUGAACAUAGAGAAAAACCCCCAGAAACCUCAAUACAGUAUGGCCGUAGAAUUUCCUCUAGUCUUGUAUGAUUGUAAGUUUGAAAAUAUCAAGUGGAUUUAUGACCGGGAGGUUCAGGAGUUCAAUGUUACCCAUCUACAACAACUAUGGGCUAAUCAUGCUGUUAAAACACACAUGUUGUAUAGCAUGCUACAAGGACUGGACUCCGUUGCAGUACCCUGUGGGACAGGACCAAAGAUGGAUGGAGUGAUAGAAUGGAGAAAUGUUAAGCCUUCUGUCAUAAAGCAGACCAGUGCCUUUGUAGAGGGAGUGAAAAUGCGCACAUAUAAACCCCUCAUGGAUCGUCCUAAAUGCCAAGGAUUAGAAUCCCGGAUCCAGCAUUUUGUACGUAGGGGACGCAUCGAGCACCCACAUUUAUUCCAUGAGGAAGAAACAAAAGCCAAAAGGGACUGUAAUGAUACAAUGGAGGAAGAAAAUACUCUUUUGGAGAAACCAACAAAGAGAGUCUGUGUUGAUCCCGAAAUUAAAAGCAUCAGUUAACCAUAACAGGAUCUAGGAGGCAACAACUAGCUAGUGGUAGGUGAAUAAAAAAGAAAUACAAGAUAAUAUGUACUUCAAGAAGUCCUAAAAUUCAGAUGAUCGGUUCUUUGAAAAAACAAAACAAAAUACCACCCCCCCAAACCCAAAGACCAUUAAGCCCUAUAAAGGAAGUUCUAGCUUGAAUAAGAGUUCAAACAUUCUCAUUCCUUCCCCAAAAGGAUUAAGAGAUCGAAGAAGCAAGAAGCAACUGUGAAAUGCAGAGGAGUUUACAUACACAUGGAAACCUGUGCCUUGUGUUCAAAUUCAUUAAAGCCUGCUUCUGCAAGU